AUGGCACCAACGAACCCUGCGAAAGUCGAACGAAGCUCCAAGAUGCACUCGAAAGUCGUAAUUAUUGGCUCGGGUCCUGCUGGGCACACAGCUGCGAUCUACCUUGCGCGUGCAAACCUCGAACCCGUCCUCUUUGAAGGCUUUAUGGCCAAUGGUUUUGCUGCUGGUGGUCAGUUAACGACCACUACUGAUGUCGAGAAUUUCCCUGGUUUCCCGACGGGCAUUCUUGGACCAGAGCUCAUGGACAAGUUCAGAGAACAAUCUGUUCGAUUCGGCACACGUAUCAUCACGGAAACUGUAUCGAAAAUUGAUUUAUCGGCGCGCCCAUUCCGAUACUGGCGCGAGAUGCAGGAGGAUCAGGAGCCGGAGACUGCGGAUGCCAUCAUCAUCGCCACCGGUGCCAGUGCAAAGAGACUGGGGUUGAAGGGUGAAUCGGCUUACUGGCAAAGCGGUAUCAGUGCCUGUGCUGUCUGUGAUGGCGCCGUUCCCAUCUUUAGGAAUAAACCUCUGGCCGUUAUCGGGGGUGGCGAUUCAGCAGCUGAGGAAGCUACAUACUUGACUAAAUAUGGAUCACAUGUUUAUGUUCUCGUGCGCCGUGGCGAGUUGAGAGCUUCCAAAAUCAUGGCAAAGCGUCUCCAGAAUAACCCUAAAAUUACUAUUCUCUGGAACACUGUGGCCACGGAGUGUCAAGGUGAUGGAGAUCUUUUGAACAAUCUUAGAAUCAAGAAUGUCCUUACUGGGGAAGAGCGUGAUCUUCAAGUAAAUGGAUUAUUUUAUGCCAUCGGCCAUGAACCUGCAACGUCGCUUGUUCGCACUCAGUUGCAAACCGACCCCGAUGGUUACAUCAUAACCGUACCUGGGACUACUCAGACUUCUGUGAAGGGAGUCUUCGCUGCUGGCGAUGUUCAAGAUAAACGAUAUAGACAGGCUAUAACCAGCGCUGGUAGCGGCUGCAUGGCCGCAUUGGAAGUCGAAAAGCUGAUUGCGGAGGAGGAAGAACUUGGCGAUAUCGAGUAA